GAAUAUAAUUCAGUAGCAAGAGUGAAUAUGACUAAGAGUGAUUAUAAUUCAGUAGCAAGAGUGAAUAUAAUUCAGUAGCAAGAUUGAAUAUAACAAUCAUCAAGUGAUAAACUCCAAACUAUCAAGCCAAAAGUAAUCUGAGUCUCAGAUGAAGCUUGCCACCCAUACAUCCAGGUCAGAUGCUUGGCAUUUGAUCUAUCUAGGGUACAUGAAGGUAAAGUUGAGUUAAUGGGAAUGUUCAUAAAUUAAUAAAAUGACUUGUAUAUGGUAUGUAACCCAUCAUUUUCAGUGCACAUUAUCUCAUCGAACACAAAAGUAUUUUGAAAGUUGAAUUACCUCCAUUCAAUAUGACAGUGAAGAAAUGUUGAAGCAUACAAAUCUGUGAAGAGUGAUACUGAUAGCGUGAGUGAUGAAUAAGUCUGAGUUAUUAAUAUGUUGUUGUAUAACUUGUUUAAAGGAAAUGGGAAUUUUUUAUAAUGAAAACCAAUUUGAUUGCCAGUAAUAAUGAAUGACUUUUAUAUGUAUAUAAAAAAUUAGGACUCUUAAGUUUCUCAUCAAAUACAAUUGUAAUUUGUCAUGCAUUUACCUCCUAAUUAUAUUAUUUGUAAAUAAAAUAAACAUUUUCUGCAGGUGUGGUUGGCUAAUGAGAGUCAAAUGGCUGAUGAAGAAGGAAUCUCAGGUGUUGAGAAGUCUCUCCUCAGCACCAGAAAGAUGGCAGAAUUGCAUCAGCAGCCUUACUAUGCAUAUAGAAAUGCGAACUCUUCUAGCAAUGUGCGGAUGAAUAGUGACAGCCAAAUGGUUGGUGACAAAGACAUCACUGGAGCUCAGAAGAUGUUCGGAACCAACAAAAAGACGCCAAAGACAUACAAGUGUACUCACUGUUCCUUCUUCAGUACAAAGCGUUGUAAUUUUGUUGAGCAUUAUCGAAUUCAUACAGGCGAGAAACCUUUCUUGUGUCCUCAGUGCUCUUAUCGAACAGGUGUCAUGUCCAAUUUGAGGAGGCAUUUUCGCAUUAUUCAUGCUGUAGAGAGAUCACAGCCUUACCAUUGAUCCUUAUAUUUUAAGUUAUUGAAGCUUUUGUUAAAUAUUAUACAGUCAAACCCUAUUUAUUUGGAAUCUCUUAGCUUGGAAACUCAGAAAAUUUGGUUUGGUUCUCAAGGUAAAAUCAAGAUAUUUCCCUUUUUUAUGUUUUCAUACAAUGAAAGUUUGAAUUAAUCAGGGCUGGAGGUGUUCUGAACAUAGGGUCUAUCUGAAAUAACUAACCUUAAUAAUCUAGGGAAGGUAUGUCAUAGACAAAACAUUACACAUCAAUAAAAAGUGGCCCUCCCUAGUGCCUGUUAUCCUUUUCCUCCUGUAAAGUACAUAUACUGGUGGUCAAAAAAAAAAAAA